AUGGUAUCAUACUUGGGAGAAGCCGAAAACCCUCACCGAGGACAGGUAUUACAAGUACCCGGGCGUCGUUCGAUAUUCGACCACAAUCUACUGGAAAGAAAGUCAAGACAACCAGAUAUGGAUCUAAGAUAUUUAGAUAAUCAAGUAUGA